AUGGGUCAAUUGAGAAAUCCAAUCGUUCAAGCGUUCUUUCGUUCACUUCUCUAUGGCGUCUGCAAAAUUGCUUUUGCUUUGUUAGUGAAAGUUGAGCUGGGAUGCACUAGUGAGUCCAUUAUCAUUUUGGGGUACCAAGUCAUUAUCGACAUGCUCGGUUUAACUUAUAAUUGUAACCAAACCGAACCUCUUGACAAAAAGAAAAAAACCAUGAUCACCCUAGUUGAAAUGAAAUGGAAAUGGAGAUCUCAUCAUUAUGACGCAAACAAAUUGACGUAA